ACUGUUUGGAGCGUUAUCGAUUUAAUAUCUUUUGUCAUCAUACGAUAUCGAUACUUAGUUACUAUCCCAAUAAAAAUCGUGCUUAUACAAAACCAUGGAGGAAUAUGCAAGAGAGCCAUGUCCAUACCGAAUCGUAGAUGACUGCGGAGGAGCAUUUGCAAUGGGCUGCAUAGGCGGAGGUGUCUUUCAAGCAAUAAAAGGAUUCAGAAAUGCCCCAUCUGGAAUGAACAGACGAAUGCUUGGAAGCUUGGCUGCAAUAAAGACGCGUUCACCAGUGAUAGCCGGUAACUUUGCAGUUUGGGGUGGAAUGUUCAGUACAAUUGAUUGUACACUUGUCCAUUUUCGUAAGAAGGAAGAUCCGUGGAAUUCUAUAAUAAGCGGUGCGGCAACUGGAGGCAUAUUAGCUGCGAGAAACGGUAUUCCUGCUAUGGCUGGAAGUGCUAUAAUAGGGGGAGUGUUGUUGGCUCUUAUUGAAGGUGUUGGGAUAUUAUUCACAAGAAUAUCCGCAGAUCAAUUCAAAAACCCUUCUCCGCCAAGUGAAGAUCCAUCCGCUUUGGGAGACCCUGGAAAAAACUUUUCAUUUGGACCUUCUCCAGGCAAUACACAAUACCAGUGAUAAGAUUUUUUCCACAUUUAAGUUUAAAUUAAUGUUUAUGCACAAUAAAACCAAUAAAAAAAAAG